GACAGAAGAAGAACCUAUUAACAACGUCCAUGCGAAUGUCAACUGUAUGUGUUGACACUUUUUGUUGCAAACUUUGUUGAUGCCAAAACGCAAAGAUGUCGGCAAUGAAUUUUGGAAGUAAAUCGUUCCGCCCUCGUGCUCCGGACAAAGGCGCUUUUCCUCUGGAUCAUUUUGGAGAAUGUAAAGCUUUCAAAGAGAUAUUUAUGCGAUGCCUCCAAAACAACCGCCACGAUAACUCCAAGUGUCGACUGCAGUCCAAAGACUACCUAGAAUGCAGGAUGGAAAACCAACUGAUGGCGAAGGAACCUUUGGAGAAGCUUGGUUUCAAAGACCUCAUGGAUCAGCCCAGCACUGAGAAGCCGGAGUCCAAACCAUGAGGAUAAUAGGCCCUCUCGCCCCGAGAAGCACACCAAUGCAGACAUGCUAGCCGAUGCUCCUCAAUCUUGUACAGAAAUUGUGUUGAUGCGUGUAAAUUAUAUUCCCCAAAGACUGUAUAUAAAAUAUAUUGAUUU